UGUAUCUUUUCUUUGAGUGACGCAAGCGGUUUUGAUUUAUUUCGAGUGGAACAAUCCUAUUGAAAAACAGAAAACAAGGGUAGCCUCUAAGCUCGCUUCGCUGCUUCUCGCGCAAGUUUUAUACUUCUGCACCUGUAGCGGUUUUUCUUUCUUAAUCCUUACAGCGGUAUCAGGCGAGGCGUAGAAGAUUUGGAAGUCUCAUUGGUGGCAUCUAACGGGAGCAUGAAGCUUUCUGCAUCACUGUCUGCGGCUUUGUUCAUUGCAGCUUUAUGCUCGCCAGUAUUCUCCCAGAAAGGAGAAGGCGGUGGUGGAGCUGGAGACGUAGAAGAGAACGAGGACUCCGAACCCGAAGACUUCAAAGGAGUCUUCACACGUUCUAUGAGGAAAGUGCAGCGACAAGUCCGCAGGCGGCACAAUCACUACAGAAAGCGGCACAAUGCCGAGCCCCUUGAUUCGGACGAUGAGCUUGACCGUUACGCUCAAGCCUGGGCUUAUCACUUGGCGAAAAUGGGCAAAGUGAUGCGCAGGAGGUCAAGAACGUACGGCGAGAACAUUUACGAAGGACAUUACGACGAAGAACACCCUAUUAGAGGAAGGGAUGCCGUGGACACCUGGUACAAGGAAAGCGAACACUACGACUUCAGCAAGAACCAUCGACAACGGGGCACGAGAGAAUUCACUCAGAUGGUUUGGAAGAAGACGUCCGCUCUGGGAACCGGCAUCGCUCGCGGGAAGAACGGCACUUACUUCUUGGUGACGGUCUACGAUCCCAGAGGUAACAUCCGAGGCAAGUACCUCAAGAACGUCGAGAGGCUCAAGGAACAAGAAGGCGAGACGCGUCCGAAGCAGCCCCAACAGCCAGUGCCAGCACCUGUGCCAGUGCCAGCACCUGUGCCAGUGCCAGCGCCUGUGCCAACACCUGCGCCAGCGCCUGUUCCAGCACCUCAGCCGACGCCGACGGAAAUACCAACAAUAAAUCGAGGAGGAGGAGGGGUAACGAUUAAUGGGCAGAACGUAGCCGGCCAAGGGCUUUUCAAGCUGAAUGGAUGCCCCGGUAAAAAACCGAUCACUCUCAAGCUUAAAGUAGGACCUGACUAGCGAGAAUGUGAUAUUUACUAGCGAUACGUGCAUACGGAUUGCAUGUAGAUGACUGAAUGUCAGAAUGUGCAUAAAAGUAGACGUUUGCGAGAGA